AUGGCUGAAGUGGAAGACGAAGUAUACGAUGUCAUCAUUGUCGGUGCCGGCCCCUGUGGCCUCUCCACGGCCUCCCGUCUCCGCGAACACACCCCGGCCGCCCUCUUCACGGACGAAGAACACCGCCGUUUCCAUUGGAUUGGCAAAUACGGCAAAAAUGUCAACCUCAAACAUGUAAAAAGUGGCAAAAUAUCACAAAGCUGCCACUGUCGACCCGAGUACAAGAUGCUCGUCUUGGACGCCACGGAUAACAAGUGGUUGGGCCGAUGGAAUCAUCUUUUCAAGACGUACGACAUUUCGCAUCUGCGCAGCCCGAUGCUCUGGCACGUGGAUCCCCUCGAUAGAGAUGCGCUUCUCGCGCAUGCAUAUCAUCAUCAGCGGGAGGAUGAGCUGGUCGAGAUCCGCAACUGUGUCGGCAAGGAGAUAAGCAAACACGCAAGUAAAAAGAUGGCCAAUGGCCGAGUUUGCGGUGGCAAACAAGAAGCAAGAAUCUCCAUCAAUCUUAGAGAACGAAACGACUACUACACACCAUCUCAAGCCCUCUUUCGUGAUCAUUGCAUGGAUGUGGCCGGACGAUACAAUCUUGGAGAGCAACUCAUCCGCAAGGAGACACUACAAGACAUCGACUACGGCGAAGUUCGAGGCGUUUCAGUAGACGGUGCAAAACUGUUUACUGUAACUACAGACUCUACUCGACACUAUUACGCCAAAACCGUUGUCCUCGCCGUCGGUCCUGCAAAUACCCCCAAAAUCCCUCCUCUCCCAUCUGCUCCUCUCACAGCUAGCGGUGUGCCUCCUCAAGCAUGCCACAGUAUGCAAAUCAAAGAAUUUCCCGAUCUCAUUGUCAAAUCGCGCAUCGCCGCCGGCCGCUCUACAAAUGUUCUCAUCAUUGGUGGCGGCCUUACUUCCGCCCAGCUCGCCGUGCUUGCCCUGAAAAGGGGUGUCACCAAGAUAUGGCAUCUCAUGCGAGGUCCUAUGCGCGUCAAGCAUUUUGACGUCGAUCUUUCAUGGAUGGGCAAAUACAAAAACGCCGAGCAAGCGCGUUUCUGGACCGCAGACUCGGAUAUCGAACGUCUCGAGAUUAUAAAAGAGGCCCGCGGCGGCGGCAGUCUCACACCCACUUACUACAAGAAAGUGAAGAAAUAUAUUGCAUCUGGCCAUAUCGAGCUUCACACCAAUACAAGCCUGGUGGACGCCGAGAUGAAAGAAAUAAACGGAUUUCGUUUCUGGGCCAUCAAGACAGAGCCGCCUAUUGCGGAGGUGCCACUCUUUGACUACAUAUACUUUGCUACAGGAAUCCAGACGGAUUUUGCGUGCCUACCAUACCUGCAAACCAUGCUUCAAAAGUAUCCUAUCCAUGGGCAUGGCGGAUUCCCCUGCAUCAACGAGGAUCUUAUGUGGAAAGACGGCGUGCCCCUAUUCUUGGCCGGACGGUUGGGAGCUCUUCAGCUUGGGCCAGCAGCACCGAACAUUGGAGGGGCCAAAGUUGCUGCAGAGAGAGUAGCAUGGGCCAUUGAAGAUAUUACCAAGCUGAAUGGAUUGCAAGAAGGGCAUGACCAAGAUAGCAGCGAGCUGGCGAGCUAUCUCUCAGGCCAUGGAAAUAUGUACGGCAUUCUACAAGAUGAGCCGAACUAG